UCAUCCACAUGCGCCUGUAGUUCUGUUUUGCUUCCUUUCCGCACACGAGACAAACCAACGUGGCUUUUGCUUUUGACAAGAUUUCUUUUCACAUCCAUUGAACAUAUCUAAGUGUUCAUUAAAUAAAACCUUUUUUUACAAACAGCGCCAUCAACGAAACGAGCCGUUUGACGAGUGAACGAGCAUCUGCCUCGAGACAAAGUGGCGACUUAUUGAAUUAGCCGAGUUAGCGCGUUGAAGUGACGCUAGCAGAGUCGUUUUUCUCGUCUUUAGCGGUGAAUUACGUUCCUACGUGUGUUUCUUCCAGACCUCCUGGAAACAUGUUUAAUGAGGAUGAAGACUGGAGUGACGAACAAGACGUUCAGGCGCUGAGCAACACUGUGCUCACAAGCACCCAGAAGGCGAACAGCAGCACGAAUGUCAAGUCCAAGGUGGUUGGAAAGAAGAGCCUGCUGCGGACCCUGCAGACACUGGGAUCAGUACCAGAGUGGAAGAAUGACGACCAUCAGCAGGACAGCGACAGUGAGGCAGAUGUGGUCCCAUUACACAGCAAGAGAAAGAAGAAAAGGAGGAAGAAGCGAAAGAAAGUGGAGACAACAGCAGAGCAGCAAGACAGUGGAGACUUAGAUCAGACCGUUAAAGUGGAGACAACAGGAGAGCAGCAAGAAAAUGGAGACUUGGAUCAGACCGUUAAUGGGCAGACACUUGCAUCAAAAAAGAGGAAGAAAGACAACACAUCUGCGACUCAGAAGUUAAAAAACACAUCCGUGAGCAAAACAGUGGAUAACGUAAUUAUAAAAUCCAAACCAGAGAACACGGAGGGACUGAACAGACAACAGUGGAAAAACAAAAUGAAGAACAAGAGGAAAUGUAAAAAUAAAUACAGCCAGAAUGAGCCAGAGAGGGAAAUCAAUAAAGCAGAAUCUGCAGAGCAGCACGAGCCAAAGGAGGAAGUCAACAUAGAUUCAUACAGCAACAACAACAGUCAGACCCCAGCCAAGAAAAAGGAAAAGCAAAGUAAACCACAGAAAAUGAAAAAGACCCAAGUGGACACCGACAUAUCCGGGACAACAGACACACAGACGCUCGGAGAGGAAAAGCAGCGAAUUGGUAGCAAAGUUGGAAAAGACGCAACUGAAACUUCUGCUGAUGGAACAAAACAGAAAGCAGAUGUACCUGAAGUGGAGAACACAGGUGAGCAGCACCAGUCACCCUUGAAAAGACCGAAACCCGAGAUGAGCAGAGAACAGAUUCUGAAAAGAGAGAAGCUACGGAAAUUGCUCCACCGACAGGAACCAGUCCAACGGGAGAGUCCCGCUGAGACGGAAGACCAGCCUGCGGCCCCAGAGGAGGAGGUGAAACCGGACCGCUCCGCCUCCCUGAGGUCCCGCAUGGAGCAGCGGCUUGAGUCGGCCCGUUUCCGGUACAUUAAUGAAGUUUUGUACAGCACGUCCAGCGGCGAGGCGAAGCGCAUGUUCAAACAGGACCCGCUGGCCUUCGGGAUCUACCACAGGGGAUACACGGCGCAGGUUCAGAGAUGGCCCGCCAACCCAGUGGACGCCAUCAUCUCUUACAUCCAACACAAACCUCCCUCUCUGGUGGUUGCAGACUUUGGUUGUGGUGACUGUAAAGUAGCGCGCAGCGUGAAGAACAAAGUGCACAGCUUCGACUUGGCGGCUGCCUGCAAACAUGUCACAGUCUGUGACAUGGCCAACGUCCCGCUUUGCGACGGCUCUGUGGACAUCGCCGUGUUCUGCCUUUCUCUCAUGGGAACCAACUUGGCAGAUUUUCUAGCCGAGGCCAACCGUGUGUUAAAGAGGGGGGGUGUCCUGAAGAUAGCGGAAGUGGCGAGCAGGUUCGAGAACGUGCGGAACUUUGUCAGUGCGCUGGCAGGACUGGGAUUUAAGAUGGUGAACCAGGGCACAGAGAACACUCAUUUCUACUCCUUUGAAUUGCUGAAGACGGGAGAUGCUCCAGAAAAUAUCAAGAAAUUUGGACUUCAGUUGAGGCCCUGCGUCUACAAGAAAAGAUGAACGUGUGCGUGAGGACUUUAUGCAAACAAUGUAUAUGUUAUACUGUGAUACUUUCAUUUUCAUUUUUUAAGCAGUAUGUUUGGGAAUGUGAAGCAUGGAUCAGUUUUCCAAAGCAGCAGUUGUACAUUUGUAUCUAAAUGUCUCGUUUUAGAUUGCUACACUUUGAAGCCUCUGAACACAGAUUUGAGCUGAGUUAGCUGCAUUUAUUGUACAUGGUUUUUAGCGUAAUACAUCAAUAUAAAUGCUAAUCAGUAAAAAAAACCUGAGUGUUCUUUUAUUGGAAAGAAAACCUACAAAUAGUAUAUACAAGCCACCAUUUUAGUAAAUUUUUACAAGAAGACAUGUUAAAGUUAAUUGUCCCGUUGAAAAAUGCCGACAAUUCUGGAAAAAAUAAAAUAU